CAAACAUUUUCGUUUGAGUAUUGUGGUUGUGGUCAUAGCCUAUUGGAUAGGUACCUGGAUAUUUCUUUAUCGCAGGUAUUUUUGAAUUAUCCGUAUCAAAUUAUAGAUGAUUUCGUACAUCACAAAAGGCAAAACAGAAUAAAGCACCAUGUCUAAUGUAUCAAAGAGGAGAAAGGAGGGAUCAAGAGCCAAAAUAAAGUCCAUGGGAGACCACAAGGAAUUUCUAAAAAGGAUAUCAAAAACACUGUACUAUGGACAACUACCUACUUUGCCCUGUCUGAGCCUGCCUGUUACUGAGAUAUCGUGCGAGCUGUGGUCGGUGCCGCAGCGCGGACGCUCGCUGCGCCGCCUGCACGCGGACGCGGCGGCCGACAUCGCGCGCUCGGCCUGCGUGUCGCCCUGUGCACUCGUGCUCGCCAUACUCUACCUCGAGCGUCUCAAACGUUGCAACCCCGACUAUCUCUCUGCUGCAGCACCCGCCGAUCUCUUUCUCGUCUCCUUGAUGGUGAGCAACAAGUUUCUCCAAGACGACGGUGAAGACGAUGAAGUUAUAUGUUCUGAGUGGGCGGUGUCGGGCGGCCUCGAGCUAGACCAGCUCAAGAAGCUUGAAGUGGAAUUCCUUAAUGCCAUUGAUUGGAACGUGUUCGUAAGCGAGAAAUCAUUCGAGGAUGGUCUGCUGUGGCUAGAGCGGCAGGUGGCACUCAGACAGGCUCAGCUCCGCGGGUUCUUCACGUACUCCGACCUGGCGGCGGCGUGCAGCUCGUCGCUGCUGAGCGAGCUGGCGCACGGCGUGUCGGCCGCCUGCCUGGGCGUCACGCUGAGCUACGUCAGCAGUCUGCUCACUCUCGUCACCUCGACCCUCGUCAUAUCGCAGGCGUGGUUGCCCGCGAUGCAAACCCUGGCCGCUAGGGGCUCGUCUGUGGUUCUCGAUGCUGCUCUCGACCACAGCUAUCGAUCCGAACUCGAGCUGCGACUCUCCAACGCCUCCGUCGAUCUCCACACUUAUGCUCUUCCGGACGAGUCGACGGCGACGUAUAAUCUUCGAUGCUGCGACGAGUGGUACAAGUACCAGAAAGAGAGCACCCCUAAAAAAACGUGGUACGAUGGUGUCGUCGCUUACGAUUGGAAAUCUUUCGAGACGUGGUGGUCGAGGACGUCCGUGUUGAAUUGGCUCUAUCAGAGCUCGUUGAUUAACCCAAUGCAGAGAUGGUUGGAAAAGAUGAACCAGUUUAUCGAUUUUUUCAAAAAGGAAAUGGACUACAGCAAGUCGUAUGCAACUUCAAAUCGAUGCAGUACCGACGUUAAGUUCAGCGAGACGCGGUGUGUCAGCCAGUGGCUUAAUCUGAGCAAGUUGAGUGUUUUCGUAGUCUCCAUGUCCGAUCGAUAAUUUUUUUUAAAAACGGAGGAGUGUUUCAUAUCAGCGAGGAUGCGGCGACGUUUUAAAAUGGAAAUGCUAUUUAUUCAAAAGCUCAAAAAAAAAAAACGAUGUUGUUACAUCAACCAGUUACAAGGCGAUAUCAUCACAGUUGUACACUUUCUCUCUCUGUACAUCAUUAAUAAUAAUAAUAAUAUCAGUAUUGCUCGACAGCAUGUUACCAAUAAAGACAUUAUUAUUAUUAUUAUUUAACUAGAGGAUUGUUAAAAUUACCUUUUACAAAACGUGACCUAGUUCUUUCAUUUAGAACUUGCUAAUAACACACCUUGCCACUGAUCAAUUGGCGUAACAAAUAAGAACAAAAAAAUAAUUGUAUAUAUUUUUGUAUUUGAUGUAAUUGAUGUGAAAAUAUUAAAGAAACAUAAAAAUGG